UGGUGGAAAGAUUAUGGCACAACGUCAGAGGGAUCUAAGCAUCAGCGCAGGAGCAGACACUGUAACAUGUCAUAUUCGGGCAUCACUCAGUGUCUGAUCUCGGGCUUUUCACACUGAUAACGACUGAUUUGCAUUUUGAGGAGCUCUACAAUUUUCUGUGGAUGCUGCAAAAUCUUGAGAACCUUAAGACAUGGCUGCCUUCAGAAAUCUCCACAGCUCAACAGCUUGGCUCCUGGCUCUGGCGUUAGGAUUGUCUCUACUCCAGCAAGCUGCUGCUGCAUUUGUUCAAACAGCAGGCAGCCCAGACUUAAAGGAGCUCUCAGGUCAAAGUAAGAUAGGCCCAACCUUGACCACCACAGAAGAUACUCAGGAGACUCUUCUACCAGCUCACUGGCCAGACAGAGGAGAUAAAGGGCUCUCCAAUGAUUUGUUACUACUCCUUCAUCCAAAUAUUGAAGGCUCAGGAGAAGGAAGUGGAUUGCAUGAGAGCAUAGAGGGAAAUGGGGGGAAGGCACCAUCUACUGGCGUGUUGGAGAUUAACAUGUUCAUCCUAGAUGGUGAAGAGAAGAAAGAUUUGGAGGAAAGUGUAACAGAUGCACCUCCUCCCCCUGCUGUUCCACAAAAGCUCACGCAAAGGAUUAUCCACAGUGAUGAUCAGGGUAUAAUGAUAAUGAAAAGAAGUUAUGUUGAAUUUCCACAAGCCACAUCUGCAUUGCCCAUUCAGUCCACCACACCAGCCCACACCAAACCGAUCAUCAAUGAAAACAACAAAAAUGCUAACCUUUCAACCUCAACAGCAGAAACAGCUACAGAAAAGGAAGUUACCACACUUGGUACACUCUUACAAGUUCCUGCUGUAGAUGGCUUAUUAAAUGGCAUGGGAACUGUUUCCACAGAACAUGCAACAGAGGACAAAAUGUCUACACUUAAAGCUGGACUUGAGGCCUCAGGCAGCAUGCCCAGUCUUGAAGUUCCAUCCAUUGCUACCCAAACAUCUGAUGUGAUCAGUAAAUUGCUAGAACCAUCUGAAUCUCUAAAUGAGGAAGACAUGCAAGAGGCAGCAGAACCAUCAACAGUGGACACUAAAACUAUACAGACAGGUAAAGGGAUUUCUGAGAAGACCGUUUCUGAUGCCAAAACACCUCCUCUGUCAUCACCCUCAAAGCCAACUAAUCAGUCAGUGGUGUCAGAUGAAGAAAAUGGUAGAGAUGAUGACAAACCAAAAUGGUUUGGUGGAAUAUUUGGUCCAAUCACAGAAAAAGGCCUGUCUGACAUCUCAGAUCCAUGUGUGCUGGGUUUAAGCCCCUGUGUGUUUCCUACAAGCCCUAAUGGCACCCUCCUGAAGUGGGAGGACUUGCGUCGCACUCUGGCGUUCGCCUGGGAGCUCCACGUCUUUGGCUCUGCCAUCCUUUUUCUGUUAGUGGUGUGCUGGGCUAUCUGGGGAGUGACAGGUGGAGGUGGCACGCACCACCCCUUUUGUGGACCCCUCAUUUUGGCUAACACCUUGUUGCUCCUAGCAGGUUUGCUGAGAUUCAUUCAAUUCAUAGUUGACCCAUAUGGCACAAGGCAUAUUCUGCCUCGUCCAGUCCUCGCUGCACUGUAUAACUUACCACUUGCCCUGAUGCUGUGGGCACAGGUCACGCUAGCCCUGCUUGCUUUGAAAGGAAUGAGGCUGAACCUCCUGGCUCCUGCUCUUCAGCGCCCCUAUGUAACUGGAAGUCUAGCAUCUUUGCAUUGUGCUUCCCUUCUGGUGGCUGACCUCUUGUCCUACACUCUGUCUCCAGCGCUGCCCUUAAUGCUCCAGACACUCUCGAUCUGCUGGGGCUUACCCCUCUGUUUAGGAAUUCUCUUCCGGGCUCUCACUCAACUUCGGUCUGCCACCAGAACCCCAAUCCCAAGGUGGGGAGCCUACAAGAGGGUUGAGGAACGUGCCAGACGGGUGCUAAUCGUUUGUGCCCUCCUGGGUGUGAUGUGCUGCGCUCUACAGAUCCAUGGCCUGCUCUGGCUUUAUGGGCUUCUUGGGGACUGGCGGCGUUUUGGCUGGGGCUGGUGGCUUGGGCAAUUCUGGGCACGUCUGCUUGAGCUAUCCUGGAGCCUCUCGCUCCUGUUGCUGGGUUCACGGGCAUUCUGGAGGCCUAGAGGAGGGCACAAGAGAGGAGAUACAGGUCAAGGGGCUUCUGGAAGAUCUGAGAGAGAGGAUCUGGCAUCCUGCCUAGACAAACUAUUUCCGGCAGGACCCUGGAAGAGGCAGGAAAACACCUGGGCUGAUCUGUUACCUAAUAAUUGGGCAGGGUACCAGCAAUCCAGAGCAAAUUUGAGGAGUUCCAUGGUUCGGAAGUAUAAAGCAACUACAGGUGAUAGUGUGAAGGACAGCAACACUGACAAUAUAAGUCCUGGAGCCUUUAAUAACAGCAACUCUCAAUCAGCUCCUCGGUGGUCUCAUGGUAUGGAAUGGCAAGAGCGUGACUGUGUCUUGUCUCUUAUCGAAUUUGACCUAUGCCCUCCUUCUCCCAUCGAACUUAGACGUAGCAUUGACAAUGCCUUGAAUUUUGGCCUGUUGGGCAGCAUGGGUAGCCUCUUCACUCCUCCACCUCCAUCCUGGACCCAGAGUGAGGUUUCCACAGCACCUCCUGGUAGUGAUUUUACAACACAGACCACGCCCACCCACAUAGCCUACAGAUGGGCUCUUGAUGCAGGUUCAAGCCCCAUCUCUCCCCAGCGCUUCAGGACAGUGUCGCAACCUGAGGUGGCAGUGCUGGAUCCACAAACCUUCCUUCCUCCAGACAUUACCAAUGAGAGAAGGCUAUGGGAGAGAAAUUCAGCUAUGCCAGUAGUUAAUGAAGAUGGUGACUGGAUCAGCAUCACAAGUGGGGAUGACAUCACUAAUCUUUAAACUGCUCUUAGACAGCUGUAUGUUGCACUUUGAUUCUCCAACUCAGCAGAGACUUAGUUGCUUUCAUGUAGAUCUUGUGAUGAAGAUCAUGUAUGCUGUAACAGUACAUCAAUUCUGAUUGAUGCGGCAAUUCUAAAGACUAUUAAAGGAUUCUGCCAAUGUUCAUACAACUACAUUGUGAAACUAAAAAUUUUAAGAGCACUUUACAAAGUAAAUGUCUUUUUUUUUUUCAUU